GACCUAAACAGAUAAGUAGGCGGUAUUUAGAAAUCCCAACCGAGCCGAAUUCUUCUCUGUCCUGUGCUUGCCCACCACCUCCUUCUUCUUCGGAGCUCUUUUCUCAAAGAUACCACAGUAGAAAAUGGGAAGCUUAAAGGAGGGGAAGUUCAGGUUUUGCAUUGACAGAGGAGGAACAUUUACUGAUAUCUAUGCUGAAGUCCCUGGACAAUCAGAAGGGUGUGUUAUGAAACUCUUAUCAGUGGAUCCUCUGAACUAUGAUGAUGCUCCUAUUGAAGGAAUACGGAGAAUCCUGGAAGAGUUCACUGGCCAAAAGAUUCCCAGAUCCUCCAAGAUCCCUACUGAGAAGAUUGAGUGGAUCCGGAUGGGCACUACUGUUGCAACAAAUGCUCUCCUAGAAAGGAAAGGGGAGCGUAUUGCUCUUUGUGUGACUCGUGGAUUCAGAGAUUUGCUCCAGAUUGGUAACCAAGCACGGCCGAAGAUCUUUGACCUUACAGUUUCAAAACCAUCAAAUCUCUAUGAGGAAGUUGUGGAGGUUGAUGAGAGGAUUGAACUUGUCAUCGACGAGAAGAAUGUGACUUCUUCAAUUGAAGGCAUAUCUGGGGAGCUUGUCAAGGUGACAAGGCCCAUCGACAUAGAUGGGCUGCGCUAUUCUCUGAAACAUCUGCUUGACAAAGGAAUAUACUGUUUGGCUGUGGUCUUAAUGCAUUCCUACACCUACCCUCAGCACGAAAUUUUGGUCGAGAAGUUAGCACUGAGUAUGGGUUUCAGGCAUGUAUCUUUAUCUUCAGCUUUGACUCCCAUGGUCCGAGCUGUGCCUCGAGGUCUAACAGCUACUGUGGAUGCCUAUCUGACACCUGUUAUUAAAGAAUACCUCACUGGAUUUAUGUCUAGGUUUGAAGAUGGUGCCGAUAAGGUAAAUGUCUUGUUUAUGCAAUCAGAUGGUGGUCUUGCACCAGAACAAAGGUUCUCUGGGCAUAAAGCUGUCCUGUCGGGUCCUGCAGGUGGUGUUGUUGGUUACUCUCAAACCCUCUUUGAACUUGAAACAUCUAAACCUCUCAUUGGAUUUGAUAUGGGUGGCACGUCUACUGAUGUUAGUCGCUAUGAUGGAAGCUAUGAGCAAGUACUUGAGACCCAAAUUGCCGGGGCAAUAAUUCAAGCACCACAGCUUGCCAUAAACACUGUGGCUGCCGGUGGUGGCUCCAAGCUUAAGUUUCAAUUUGGUUCUUUCCAUGUAGGUCCUGAGUCAGUUGGUGCACACCCUGGCCCAGUAUGUUACAGAAAAGGUGGGGAAUUAGCAGUCACAGAUGCUAAUUUAAUAUUGGGAACUGUUAUUCCUGACUUUUUCCCUUCCAUCUUUGGACCAAAUGAGGAUCAGCCUUUGGACGUGGAAGCCACCAGAAAAGAAUUCACCAAGUUAGCACUUGAGAUAAAUUCUUACAGAAAGAGCCAAGAUUCUUCAGUAAAGAAUAUGACAAUUGAAGAAAUUGCUCUUGGAUUUGUGAAUGUCGCAAACGAAACAAUGUGUAGGCCUAUUCGUCAGCUAACAGAAAUGAAAGGCCAUGAGACAAAAAAUCAUGCACUUGCUUGCUUUGGGGGUGCAGGUCCACAGCAUGCCUGUGCUAUAGCCAGGUCACUGGGUAUGUCUGAAGUCCUUAUUCACCGAUUUUGUGGAAUAUUGAGUGCUUAUGGAAUGGGCUUGGCUGAUGUUGUUGAGGAGGUACAGAAACCAUAUUCUGCAGUUUAUAGCACUGAUAGUGUUCUAGAGGCAUCUCGAAGGGAGUCUGUCCUGUUAACUCAAGUUAGAGGAAAGCUCAGGGAUCAAGGUUUUGGGGAAGAAAGCAUCAAGACAGAAACAUAUUUGAACCUGAGAUAUGAGGGUACAGAUACAGCCAUCAUGGUAAAAAAACCAACAGGUGUGGAUGAUUAUGCAGUUGAAUUUGAAAGGAUCUUCCAGAAAGAGUAUGGAUUCAAGCUGCAGAAUAGGAAAAUUCUGAUUUGUGAUGUAAGGGUUCGUGGUGUAGGUGUCACAAACAUCAUGAAGCCUAGGGAGUUGGAAACAUCUCGUACCACUCCUCAACCAGAAGGAUCAUACAAGAUUUUCUUUGGCAAAGAGUGGUAUCAGACCCCAUUAUUCAAGCUAGAGAAGUUAGGAUACGGUCAUGUGCUGGCUGGUCCUGCAAUCAUUAUGAACGGUAAUAGUACAGUAAUUGUGGAACCUAAUUGUGUAGCAAGCAUUACUAGGUAUGGUAAUAUAAGAAUUGAGAUCCACUCUGCCUCGGCCACUGUUGAUAUCACAGAAAAGGUCGCUGAUGUUGUGCAACUUUCUAUAUUCAACCAUCGGUUUAUGGGGAUUGCUGAGCAGAUGGGUCGGACUCUCCAGAGAACUUCGAUUUCUACAAAUAUAAAGGAGAGGCUGGAUUUUUCUUGUGCCCUUUUUGGCCCGGACGGAGGGCUUGUUGCUAACGCUCCUCAUGUCCCAGUUCAUCUGGGAGCCAUGUCAAGCACAGUAUGUUGGCAAUUAGAAUAUUGGGACGACGAUCUUCGUGAAGGGGAUGUUCUUGUUACUAAUCAUCCUUCGGCAGGAGGAAGCCAUCUUCCUGACAUAACCGUCAUAACUCCUGUUUUUGACAAUGACAAAUUGGUUUUCUUUGUGGCCAGCAGAGGACACCAUGCAGAAAUUGGUGGGAUAACUCCAGGAAGCAUGCCACCAUUCUCAAAAUCUUUAUGGGAGGAGGGUGCUACGAUUAAAGCAUUCAAACUUGUUAAAGGGGGUAUCUUCCAAGAAGAGGGAAUAAUUAACCUGCUUAUAAAUCCAUGUUCCGAUGAAAAGUCGAGCAACAAAAUCCCAGGAACUCGCAGGAUUCAAGACAAUCUUUCUGAUCUCCGUGCUCAAGUAGCUGCAAACCAGAGAGGCAUUACACUAAUCAAAGAACUCAUCGAUCAGUAUGGCUUAACAACUGUUCAAUCAUACAUGAACUAUGUUCAGAAAAAUGCUGAAGAAGCUGUAAGAGAGAUGCUUAAAGCAGUUGCAGCAAAAUUGGAACGAGAAACGGGAUCCACUGUAGUCGAGGAAGAAGACUACAUGGAUGAUGGUUCUAUUAUCCACUUGAAGCUCAGUAUUGACGCAAAAAAUGGCGAAGCUACUUUCGACUUUGAAGGGACUAGCUCAGAAGUUUAUGGCAAUUGGAAUGCCCCUCAAGCAGUAACGGCAGCAGCAGUUAUAUACUGCCUUCGCUGCUUGGUGGAUGUGGACAUACCACUAAAUCAAGGUUGCCUGGCGCCUGUAACAAUUCACAUUCCGGACGGUUCUUUUCUUUCACCGAGUGACAAGGCAGCGGUUGUCGGUGGCAAUGUGCUCACGUCUCAGAGGGUUACGGAUGUUAUUCUGACUUCAUUCCAAGCGUGUGCCUGUUCUCAGGGUUGCAUGAAUAAUCUAACGUUCGGGGAUGACACCUUUGGUUACUAUGAGACCAUUGGAGGCGGAAGCGGUGCAGGGCCAACUUGGGAUGGAACUAGUGGAGUCCAGUGCCACAUGACCAACACUAGGAUGACAGAUCCGGAAAUAUUUGAGCAGCGAUAUCCUGUUCUUCUUCACAAGUUUGGACUACGAGAAAACAGUGGCGGUGCUGGGUAUCACAGAGGCGGAGAUGGACUGGUUCGGGAAAUAGAGUUCAGGAAACAGAUUGUGGUCAGCAUCCUUUCUGAGAGGCGAGUACAUGCACCGAGGGGCCUAAAAGGUGGAAAAGAUGGCGCACGCGGUACGAACUAUCUGAUCAAGAGAGACAAGCGAAGGGUGUAUCUAGGUGGGAAAAACACUGUGAAGGUGGAUGCUGGAGAGAUUCUCCAGAUAUGUACUCCUGGCGGUGGUGGUUUUGGCUCUCCCCUCUGAUGUCUGUUAUUUUGACUCUGAUUCCAUGAUUUUGCAUUCGCUCCAUUGCUAGAACAGCUCGAUACUGUCUUUCAUCAAUAAAUGGAAUUAAAAGUUGGCUCAGUUACUUAAUGAUUACAAUAAAAGUGUUGUAUUAUCA